ACUAUAAUUAAUUUCAAAAUGGGAUAAACCCUAUUACUGUAUUUGGCAUCAUCUACGAUACGAACGAGCCACACCGGAGAAUUAGCUUUCCCCGAGCACCUUUAAACUAUACAAUAUCGGACUUCUCGUUCCGUCGAUGUCGGCGACACUCCGACGCGUCAUCCUUUUCUCCUCCGCCCGUAUCUUAUCUCCGCCGUGUAUUUCCUCCUCCGCCGUAAAUCGCCUAUCUCUAUCUUUCUCUUCUUUUGAUUCCCCGGCGGAAACACACACCUCCCCUUCCCGGACUCGAACCCGAACUCCACUCGAGGCUCAAUUCGAAACAUGGAUCCAGAAUCUGAAACCAGGAUUCACAAACUCCGACGUCGUAACGGCGUUACGAGCCCAAUCUGAUCCAGAUCUAGCUCUCGACAUCUUCCGAUGGACAGCUCAGCAACGAGGAUACAAGCACAACCACGAAGCUUACCACGCCAUGAUCAAACAAGCAAUCACCGGAAAACGAAACAAAUUCGUGGAAACCUUAAUGGAAGAAGUAAUCGCCGGCGCUUGUGAAACGAGCGUUCCUCUCUACAAUUGCAUCAUCAGAUUCUGCUGUGGUCGUAAGUUUCUCUUCAACAGAGCUUUCGAUGUUUAUAACAAGAUGCUUCGAUCUGAUUACUCGAAACCUGAUCUUGAGACUUAUACUCUGCUUCUUAGCUCAUUGCUCAAGAGAUUCAACAAAUUGAAUGUGUGUUAUGUGUAUCUUCACGCUGUUAGAUCGCUCACUAAGCAGAUGAAGUCGAACGGUGUGAUUCCAGAUACGUAUGUGUUGAAUAUGAUCAUCAAGGCUUAUGCAAAGUGUCUUGAGGUAGAUGAAGCUAUAAGGGUGUUUCGUGAGAUGGCUUUGUAUGGCUCUGAGCCUAAUGCUUAUACUUAUAGUUACCUAAUUAAGGGGCUUUGUGAGAAAGAAAGGCUUGGACAGGGUUUAGGGUUUUACAAGGAAAUGAGGAGUAAAGGGAUGGUUCCGAAUGGGAGUUGUUAUAUGGUUUUGAUUUGUAGUCUUUCCAUGGAGAGGAGAUUGAGUGAAGCGGUUGAGGUUGUGUAUGACAUGUUGGCGAAUUCCUUGUCUCCGGAUAUGUUGACUUAUAAUACUGUUGCAGCAAUAGGGAUGGGAAGAUUUGAGCUCUGA